AUGCCAUUUAACUUCUGCACAGCUUUCUAUUUAGAUGGAUUGAAAUUUGUUGAAAGAAAAGCUCCUUAUAUUGAAACUAAGGAUGUCUACGAGUACAAUGAAUUAAAUCCAAUGGAAUUCCCUUCAUUGAAGAAUUAUAUCAAUGAUAAUAUUAAUGAAACUGUAAAUGAAACAACUAAUGAAACAAAUAAUGAUCCAAGUGAUUCAAAGAAAUCAAAUGCAGGAAAAAUAGCUGGAUUCACAAUCCUUGGAUUAGUAAUUGCAGCAGCAAUAGGUGUAGGAGUAUUCAUAUUUAUAAAGAAAUAUGCAAAGAAAGAAGAUGAUUCAGAUUCUGAAAGAAAUGUAAUUAAUCAUUUGAUUGUUUAA